AUGAUAGUUCUAAAGGUCUUGUAUUUGAGACCUAAACCUCUAGCAAAGUUGAUCACUUUGUUGUCUUCAUCAACAGGCUUGUGUAUGGCUGCAAGUGUAGGGCAACAUGUAAAGACAAGCAUAACAGGAACAGUAGUUGGGGUGGAUGUGUCGGCAUCACAGAAACCUUGGAGAAGCUUACAAGCUAUUGGAGAUAUUGCCUUUGCUUAUGCUUUUGCCACCAUUCUCAUUGAGAUACAGUUUCUUGCAGCUAUUAUUUCAGGACACAUUGAGAACAAACCAGCAGAGAACAAAACUAUGAAGAGAGCAUCACUUGUUGGAGUUUUUACCACAACCUUUUUUUAUGCGUUAUGUGGUACCAUUAGCUAUGCAGCCUUUGGCAAUGAUGCUCCUGGAAAUUUCCUCACUGGAUUUGGUUUCUAUGAACCCUUUUGGCUAAUUGAUUUCGCUAACGUUUUUUGCCAACCCAUAUAUGGCUUUGUGGAGGCUCGUUGUAGUGAGAAAUGGCUAGACAACAAAUUCAUCACCUCUCAACAUGCCAUAAACAUUCCAUGGUUUGGUGUUUACUAUGCAAACUAUUUCAGGAUGUUAUGGAUGACAGCAUAUGUUGUAGUAACAGCAGUAAUAGCUAUGAUAUUCCCAUUCUUCAAUGCAAUCUUGGGUUUAAUUGGGGCAGCCUCAUUUUAUCCAUUAACUGUUUAUUUCCCUAUAGCAAUGCACAUUGCUCAGAGGAAAAUUCCAAAAUAUAGUGGGAAUAUACAUUAUGCCUCAAUUCCAAACAAGUUGGGAUUAGUUAUAUCAAUCCUCAUUUCUUCAUUUAACUCUAUCAGUGUAAGCUUGCUUACAUUGUCGUUCCCCAAGUCAGAUAAAGCUGGAGGAGCGUUAUGGUAG